AUGCCACAUGAAAUAUUUCUAACACCAUCACAUAUAACUAAAAAACAAAAAGAAACUUCUGUUUCUAAAACUGAGUCUAUCUCAGAGAAAGAUCCAAAAACAUUUUCAGCUGCCUCAUUAUCAAUAAGGGCACAAAAGAAAAUUGUUGGCAAGUUAUCUAAUAGAAAAAUGAUAAAAAUAUUGACUGGGAGUGAUGUUAAUAAACUUUUUGAUGAACUUUAUAAGGCUUUAAAGUUACACUAUAAUCAAGUAUGUGCUGAGAAGGUCAUUAAAUAUAUUAUCAAGAUCUCAUUAAAACUUUACGUCAUUGAACAGGAUGGAUCUAUAAAUCCAGAGAAUGCAAAAGUACUACAAUCAUUAGAGAGAACAUUCAAAAGUUUUGUCUUAACUUUUAUUUCAUUCAAUCAGGUUGAAUUUAGUUAUGAUAGAAAUUUUCUUACUAAACAAUUGGAUCAAUUACAAGAUAGUGCAACAAUUCUUGUAGAUACAUAUUUAAGUGACAAGUCUUCUAGACGUUGUGAUUUUAUCUUUGAACAAAUUAACAAUCCACUUUUUUUGGAUGACCUAUUUAAAGGAAAGGGAGAGAUUCAUGAAGCAUUAUUGGGAAUCAACAAAUAUUUUGAAAUUUUGAUUGACAAUAAACACCUUUAA